AUGGCAUCGGGCUGCCUCAGACUCACCACAGCAGUAUUGCUGACAGCAACGUGUCUGCUCGUCAUAGGAGUUGAUUCUGCAGACAAAAUUACCACCUGCGAUUACGGUCAUUGGCAAGUCCAUCGUCUAUACUGUGAUCACGGAGUAAUCAACGUGCAGCAAGCUUUGUAUGGUCGUUCAAGCUCACUGGUCUGCGCCAAUGACAAACCUCAAAAGCAUCUGGCUAACACUCACUGCGCUCAGCCAAACACUGCUAACAGGCUGAAGAAAAGUUGCAAUGGCAAGAAAUUGUGUGAAGUGAGCUUGGAGGAUUUCCGCAAACCUGACCCCUGUGCUGAUACCUUCAAGUAUUUUCAGACCAACUUUACCUGCUUGCCAGCAAUUACUGUGGUGGUAUGUGAGGGAUCUGUGGCGCACUUGCAUUGUGGUUUCGGACAUGUUAUCGAUGUCUAUGGUGCAGACUACGGACGCCGUGACCGGACCACAUGUUCAUACAGAAGGGCAGCUCAUGAGCUAGAAAAUGUUGACUGCACGCACCCAACUGACCUUGUUGCCAAAAUGUGCAAUGGAAAAUAUGCCUGUGCAAUCACUGCCAGCAACACUGUUUUUGGAGACCCAUGCGUAACCAUUUACAAGUACUUGGAGAUUUCGUACACUUGUCAAUUUGUUGAUUCUGCAGACAAAAUUACCACCUGCGAUUACGGCCAUUGGCAAGUCCAUCGUCUAUACUGUGAUCACGGAGUAAUCAACGUGCAGCAAGCUUUGUAUGGUCGUUCAAGCUCACUGGUCUGCGCCAAUGACAAACCUCAAAAGCGUCUGGCUAACACUCACUGCGCUCAGCCAAACACUGCUAACAGGCUCAAGAAAAGUUGCAAUGGCAAGAAAUUGUGUGAAGUGAGCUUGGAGGCUUUCCGCAAACCUGACCCCUGUGCUGACACCUUCAAGUAUUUUCAGACCAACUUUACCUGCUUGCCAGCAAUUACUGUGGUGGCAUGUGAGGGAUCUGUGGCGCACUUGCAUUGUGGUUUUGGCCAUGUUAUCUACGUCUAUGGUGCAGACUACGGCCGCCGUGACUGGACCACAUGUUCCUACAGAAGGGCAGCCCAUGAGCUAGAAAAUGUUGACUGCACGCACCCAACUGACCUUGUUGCCAAAAUGUGCAAUGGAAAAUAUGCCUGUGCAAUCACUGCCAGCAACACUGUUUUUGGAGACCCAUGCGUAACCAUUUACAAGUACUUGGAGAUCUCGUACACAUGUCAAUGUAAGUAUUUGAUCCUGCGACUCAUCCCCAUUAGCCAAAGUGCUGCUAUUUGUGCUGUCAGUUGA